CCCCGCGGGAACCGCCCGCCCUCCAGGCUGAGGAGGUGAGAGAUGCUGCUUAUCUGGGAGCUGCACCUUCAGGUUUCAUAGUAAAAUAUCCAGUUCAUAUAUAAUAAAAGACCAUGCCUUGAAUUCUCUCAGCUAAGUCUAAAGGAUUCCUUUCAAGAUUUGUUUGUUCCCAGAAUAGAGAUAAUUCUGAUGCUGUACACCAGGAACAAUCUCAAUUGUGCUGAGCCACUCUUUGAGCACAACAACUCCCUUAAUGUGAAUUUCAACACAGAGAAAAAAACAGUCUGGCUUAUUCAUGGAUAUAGACCAAUGGGCUCCACCCCGUCCUGGCUUCGGAAUUUUCUGAGGGUUUUGUUGAAUAAAGAAGAUGUGAAUGUUAUUGUAGUAGACUGGAACCGAGGUGCGACAACAUUCAUUUAUAACAGAGCGGUUAAAAACACAAGAAUAGUUGCUGAGAAUUUGAGUGGGCGCAUUAGGAAUCUUUUGAAACAUGGAGCAUCUCUUGACAAGUUUCAUUUCAUAGGUGUGAGCUUAGGGGCUCAUAUUAGUGGAUUUGUUGGAAAGAUAUUUCAUGGUCAACUUGGAAGAAUAACAGGUCUUGACCCUGCUGGGCCCAAAUUCUCUGGAAAACCAUCCUAUAGCAGAUUGCAUUAUACUGAUGCCAAAUUUGUGGAUGUCAUCCAUUCUGAUGCCAAUGGUUUAGGCAUUCAAGAGCCCUUGGGACAUAUAGAUUUUUAUCCAAAUGGAGGGAAAAAACAACCUGGCUGUCCUAAAUCAAUUUUUUCAGGAAUUGAAUUUAUCAAAUGUGACCACCAAAGAGCAGUUUACCUAUUCAUGGCAGCUUUGGAAUCAAACUGCAAUUUUGUUUCAUUUCCUUGUCAAUCUUACCAAGACUACAAGAGUAGUUUAUGUGUGGACUGUGACAGUUAUAAGGAAAAGUCAUGUCCUAGGCUAGGUUAUCAAGUGGAGCUAUGGAAAGAUGUUUUAGAAGACAGAAUGAAAGGAUGGCCUACAUGGACCACUGUGUUUUUGGAUACUAGUGGCACAAAUCCAUUCUGUACCUAUUAUUUUGUUCUUAGUAUAAUUGUUCUGGAUAAGACUAUGAAUGAUGGCAUUAUUUCACUUAAAUUAUUAAACCAUCUUGGAGUGGCUGAAGAGCCAAAACUUUAUGAGUCACAGAAUACUGGAGGAGGCUAAUGCAUAGCCACAACCUUAAGGAAUGAGUUCUAUAAUAGAAGACCACUUAACAGGCCACCAGAAUCUGGAGGGGAAACAAGGCAGCAUUUGAAGGGAAGGUAAGAUGGUCAGGAAACAAGUUACUUUCAAAGGCAUGGAGAUCAGAAAAUACUCCCAUUGAGGAAUGGAGUCCUGACUGCAGGUCCUAGAGGAAGUGUCUCGGUUGUUCAGCAGGCAAGGAAACCAUGGGUCUUUAUUUACUUGACAAACAUUAUUCAUUAAAUAAAAGUUAAAAAAAAAACAAAAAAAUGUUUUACCAAUCUCAUUUUUUAUUUGUAUGAAAGAGAAACAGAUACACAUUUGGGGAUAGACACACAUUAGAGAGUUUGCAGGAGAGCUGGAAAAUUGAACAUGGUUUCAAAGGAGGGUCAGCAUAUUUCAUUGGUAAAGUCAGUAGGAAUUUAUGAUAGAUUGGAUAUGGCAGCUGAAAGAGAGGAUGGUAUAAAAGAUGGCCAGGCUGAAGCUAUUAGUCCAGAACUCAAUCCAGGUCUCCCAUGUGAGUGGCAGGUACCUAACUACUUAGGCUAUCACUGUGGCCUCCCAAAAUUAGCGGGGAGUUGGAGUCAGGAGUGGACCUGGGAUUCGAGCUCUAUAGGAGAUGUGGUCAUGAGUAGCUUGUUAUGUAUUGCAUCAAAGAGCUGUCCCUCAGACAAAUUCCAAUGAGUAUUUCUAGUGAACCAGGAGCUGUGCUGAGAGCUGGUGUAACUGUGAUGAACAAACAGACUUGCCUUUACCCUCAUUAGGAUUACAGGAUAAAGACAGGCAUAGAUUAAUUAAUUAGUUAACAAAAAUUGCAUAAAUAAAAUCCAUCCAUCAAAAAUGUCUUAAUACAAAUUAUAGUUUUUAUGGAAACUUCAUAUAGGAGAUACACUGACAAAUGUAUCUAUAGGCAUAUUAC